UUCAGCCAGGCUGAGGGACCCGGGUUCCAGAAUCCUAGGGGAGGGGACGGAAGCGACCUCGGCGGCUGGUUCCGCGGCUCUGUGGGCCCGGCAGCGGCGGGGUUCCGAAGCCGACCCACGGCAGAAGCGCUGCCUCUCGGGAGCACCCUAGACGGUCGAUGGCUUAGAACCUGCGACAGUCGUAGUUCCUAGUGCUGAGUGGAGGGUCCGGAAAGAGGAGCCUUAGGGAGGCAGAGCUGGGGUGCCAGGGCAGGAUGUAUACGCUGCUUUCGGGGCUGUACAAGUACAUGUUCCAGAAGGACGAAUACUGCAUUCUGAUCCUGGGCCUGGACAAUGCUGGGAAGACAACCUUCUUGGAACAAUCAAAAACACGGUUUAACAAGAACUACAAGGGGAUGAGUCUAUCCAAAAUCACCACCACCGUGGGUCUAAACAUUGGCACUGUGGACGUGGGGAAGGCUCGUCUCAUGUUCUGGGACUUAGGUGGGCAAGAAGAGCUACAGUCUUUGUGGGACAAGUACUAUGCAGAGUGCCAUGGUGUCAUCUAUGUCAUUGACUCCACUGAUGAGGAGAGACUGUCAGAAUCAAAAGAAGCAUUUGAGAAGGUGGUUUCGAGUGAAGCACUGGACGGUGUCCCCAUCCUGGUGUUGGCCAACAAGCAGGAUGUGGAGACCCGCCUCUCCAUUCCUGACAUCAAGACUGCAUUCAGCGACUGUACCUGCAAGAUUGGCCGACGAGACUGUCUGACCCAGGCCUGCUCUGCUCUCACAGGCAAAGGAGUUCGAGAGGGCAUCGAAUGGAUGGUGAAGUGUGUCGUGAGGAACGUUCACCGGCCACCACGGCAGAGGGACAUCACAUAAGCAAUGCCAGCUUCGCAGUCUUGGGACUAUUCAUCCCUGGUGUUGGAAGAGUACUCCUGCUGGCUGUGUGCCACCUAUGCUGGGGUUGAGCUGGCUGUUUGUUCAUUCAUUUAUUUGCUUUAUGUUUUCUCUAAGAAACUUUUCUUUGUGUCUGGAAAA